ACUCACCUUCUCUCUCCUCUCUGUCUCUCUCUCUCUCUCUCUCCACCCAAAAUCUCACCAUAGCAACACCAUCAUCGAUGUUCGUGCUAUUCUGGGUAUCGAAAGCAAAACCCUUUUUGGAUUCUUGACAAAAAAAUUCUUCUUUUCUGAAUUCCCCAUCUUCGAAUCCAAAAGCAUAGUACCCAAUUCGAAUCCAACAAAUUGGUUUUUGCAGUUUUCGAAUAUUGUCUUCACCUGGUCUAUCCCACCAAUUCUUUGAAAUGGAAGAAAUUGGAGUUUGCUCAGAUUUAGAAGUUGAUGAUAUUCAGUGCCAAAAUAUAGCUGAGAAAGAUGUCAGUGAUGAAGAGAUUGAACCAGAAGAAUUGGAGAGGCGGAUGUGGAAGGAUCGCAUCAAGCUCAAAAGGCUCAAGGAAAAACAGAAGCUUGCCGCACAGCAGGCUGCGGAGAAGGGAAAGCCCAGGCAGUCCUCUGAUCAAGCUCGGAGGAAGAAAAUGUCCCGAGCACAAGAUGGUAUUCUGAAGUAUAUGCUGAAGCUUAUGGAAGUCUGUAAAGCACGCGGAUUUGUGUAUGGAAUUAUUCCUGAGAAAGGAAAGCCAGUUAGUGGUUCCUCGGAUAACAUUCGUGCCUGGUGGAAAGAAAAGGUAAAGUUUGAUAAGAAUGGCCCUGCAGCCAUAGCCAAGUAUGAAGCAGAGUGCCUUGCUAUGAGUGAAGCCGAAAAUAGCCGAAAUGGGAACUCUCAGAGCAAUCUCCAAGACUUGCAAGAUGCAACACUCGGGUCACUCUUGUCUUCUCUCAUGCAACAUUGUGAUCCUCCUCAGAGGAAGUAUCCAUUGGAAAAGGGUAUUCCCCCACCUUGGUGGCCAACUGGGAAUGAGGAUUGGUGGUUACAUCUGAAUUUACCUCAUGGCCAGAGUCCUCCUUAUAAGAAGCCACAUGAUUUGAAGAAGAUGUGGAAAGUGGGAGUGCUAACUGCUGUUAUAAAGCACAUGUCGCCUGAUAUUGCAAAAAUAAGGAGGCAUGUCCGCCAAUCAAAGUGCUUGCAGGACAAGAUGACUGCAAAAGAAAGCGCGAUUUGGUUGGGUGUAUUAAGUCGAGAAGAAGCUCUCAUUAGGCAGCCUAGUAGUGAUAAUGGUAUGUCUGGAAUAACUGAAACGCCUCCUGGUGUUCUUGUUGAGAAUAAGCAAGCUGCUGCUAGUAGUGCUAGCAACUAUGAUGUUGACGGUGCGUUUGAUGGCGUUGGAUCUGUUUCAUCUAAAGAAGAUAGGAGAAUUCAGUUGAUGGAUGAUGCUGAACCAUCAGAUAACUUGCACAGGAAUCCUGUCCAAGACACAGAUCAAGUUAAGAAGCAACCCAGGAAGAAAAGACCCCGCUCAAGGUCAAACGCAACCGACAAACUACCAGCACAAUCUGACAAUGAAAUUUCACAUGUCGAGCCGAGAAGCAUACUGCCGAACAUGAACCAGACAGAAACACAAGUAGUUGGACUCCAGAUUCAUGGAAAUGAACAGGGGAAUGAGCCAGGUUCUGCUUUUAGAGGACUGGAAAAUCAUCAUGAGGUCCCAGCUCAACUACCAGCUCCUGAGUUUGAUCAUUAUUCUUAUCUGCCCGCAAACAACUUAAUUUCCUCCGAUAGCAUGUAUGGGAAUGGAAGGCCAUUGCAGUAUCCUGAGCUGCAAACUCCCAACAUGCAUCAUGAAACUACCUACAAUCUCUAUAAUCCAGUGGCAGGAUAUGGACAUAUUCAAGAUGUGCAGCCGCUGCAGUAUGUGAACCCUGAAAUUAGGCCACAGAAUGAUGCAGUUUCUAUGCCAGCAGCAGCACAUAUGAAAAGCGAUGAAAUUCCAGGAGGAGACUUGCAUUAUUUCGGCAAAGACCCGUUUCAAAAUGAACUUGAUAGGCCUAUAGAUCACGCUUUGUUCGGUUUAGAUUUUGGAGGACUCAACAGUCCACCAUUCGAUAUAGGUGAUUUCUUGGGCGAUGAUGAAAUGAUCCAGUACUUUGGAGCAUAGAUUAUUGCAACUAGUAAAUCAGCACAGACUGAACAGGUGGCUGAAGGUUACAGAUUGGUGUUAGUGUUUAUGCAGUUUAAGGUUGAAAGGUACAAUCUUAGCAUUGGCAAGUCAUAAAUGUGCAGAACUUGAAGAACUGAAGCAUGGAUUUUGUUUUAUUGAUUACCGACCCCAUUUUCAUAUCAAUAAAUAUGUUUGGGGUUCCCAUGUAAAUUUGUCAAUUGUGGGGCUGGCUAGAAUAGCGUUGGGUCAAUGCUUCUAAAUUUAACAUCGUUGUCUUUAUACAGUUUGGCAAAUUAUCAUUGUCUUUAUAGUACUUCUCCGUGUCAUCCUUUAGAAUGGGAAAAUAUUAGUAAUUUAUUUUUUUAACUAAAGGAGAAAUAAAUUUUCGUAUUCUCUAUUCAAAGUUAUUUAUAGAAAAUAUUUAGUCGUUUGUAUC